UGAAUCUGAGUUCUUCCCUUCACUGUCUCUUUUGAUUCGCAGAGAAAGAAGAGGGAAGCAACUACACACUGCACAGUUUUCUUCCCUUCUCCCUCCCAUUUUGCCAGCAAAAUCAAAAUUGGAAAUUAGGGUUCCUUCCUUGCUUUCCAUGGCCUCGCACGACCAUCUCGAUGAUGAUGAUGAUUUUGGCGGUGACUUUCCCGGGAGCCACAAUUCCAGGCGUUCAGGUAAUAAGAGAAGCUUUGGAGAUCUUGAGGACGACGAAGUUGAUAUUUUUAGCUCAAAGAAGGGUAAUUCAAAGGUAGAGGAAACUACAAUGAUUUUAUCUCUUCGUGAGAGCGUCGAAAACUGUAAAAAUGCACUCACGUCAUGCCAAACGGAGCUCGAAGCUGCAAAAUCUGAAAUUCAGAAGUGGCGUUCAGCAUUUGAGAAUGAGUCCUUCAUACCAGCUGGGGCAUCUCUUGAACCUAAACUAGUGAUCAAUUAUCUUCAGACCCUGAGAUCCUCUGAGGAGUCUUUGAGAGAACAGUUGGAAAAAGCAAAGAAAAAAGAAGCUGCCUUCAUCGUAACAUUUGCAAAACGAGAGCAAGAGAUAGCGGAGUUAAAGUCUGCAGUUCGGGAUUUGAAAGCCCAGCUCAAGCCACCAUCAAUGCAGGCAAGGAGAUUAUUGCUGGAUCCAGCAAUUCAUGAGGAAUUUACCCGUUUAAAGAAUUUGGUCGAGGAGAAGGACAAAAAGGUAAAAGAACUGCAGGAUAAUAUUGCUGCUGUCAAUUUUACCCCACAGAGCAAGAUGGGAAAGAUGCUUAUGGCGAAAUGUAGAACCCUACAAGAGGAAAAUGAGGAGAUUGGGAAUCAAGCUGCUGAAGGAAAGAUGCAUGAACUAGCAAUGAAACUUGCUUUGCAGAAAUCUCAGAAUGCAGAACUCAGGAGUCAAUUUGAAGGACUUCACAAACACAUGGAGGGCCUGACUAAUGACGUGGAGAAAUCGAAUGAAAUGGUACGUAUGUUGCAAGAGAAGCUAGAAGAGAAGGAUCUGGAACUUAACAGGCUGAAGCUUGAACUCCAACAGAAAAGCCAGCAGGAGGAAAAAAUUGAUUCGGCUCCUGAUAAUAUAGACGGUGAUGAAUUAUUGAAACCUAAACAGGAAAUUGAGAUAGAGUAGAUAAUAACUUUUGACAGAACGUCAUCAUUUUUCCCCGUCAUGUUGUUUGUCUUUGUACAUUAAACAUGUCUUUUACUAGUUGAUCAUUCUUUUUUGAACAUUUUGGAUCCUGUGGAAUUAUUUUUAAUGGAGCAGCGCAAAUUGGGUA